AUGUAUGAAUGUAUGCAAGGCCGGCCAGAGAUGAGUUUCAACGCAGAUCAGCCGGUUCAAGACCAGCCAAAACGGCGCAGAUAUCGAAUCCCUCGUAGUUGCGAUCGAUGCAGGAUUAGUAAAGUGAAGUGUGUCCUUGAAAAUGACGGCUGUAAUAAUUGCGCCAGGCUUGGUGUGUCGUGCACGUUUGCCAACCCGGGGAGCCUCCAGGCGAGACCUCCAACAGUCAAAGAUUUAGAUCAGCUGACAGCUCGUAUCAGAUCUUUGGAGCGACUUCUCCACGCGGUGGACCCCACACUAGACCUCAACGACUUGCCGGAUCCCAAUAAGCUCGUGUCACAGUCCAGAGGCGCACUCAAACUUGCCGCUCAAUCGCCCGCUGAAUCAUCAUCUCACUCAGUAAUUCGCUCUGCUCAAACUAGUGCACAACACCCGUAUCAAUCCCAGCUUUCGGCCGUUAUUGCCGAGAUUCACGGCGUGGAAGCUACCAACCCCCCUGUCACCCGCAAUCAUUGGACUCGGUCGGAUAAGAGCCAGCCGAUGUCCAAAUGUAUCGGUGUGACCAUAUCACCAGACCAGUAUAUCGGCCCCAACUCCGGCUUAAGCAUAGUUGAUCCAGCAGCAUUUGGAAUUCCCGUAACGCCUUCUUGGGGUGUUGGCGCGCUACAUCCGGUUGAUGAAUACCUUCGCCUUCGCUAUGAGGAAUAUGUUUCGAGUACGAGAUGUUUCUACCCAGAGCCUGAUUUGGAGCUUGAUCUUCUCAAGAUUUACUUUCAGCAUUUCCACCCACUCGUCCCAAUCGUACAUCCGGCAACGUUUUAUCAUCUUCAUAAAUCUGGACUUGCGGAGACCGACCGUACUUUCAGAUCUCUUUGUCUGAUAAUGUUUUCCAUCGCCAGCAGAUGGUCAAUGGAUCCUAGGCUUCAAUUUGACUUGAGCGGCAGGCCACAGCCCUGCCGACAGUUUGCCGGCAUGCCUUAUGGUUACGCUGGUUAUAUAGGCCUGUUCCAACCUGGCUACGAUCGCACUAGCCUUCUCCACUUGCAGGCUUUUGUACUGCUAACAAUUGCCUCACUUGGUGCACUUCAACCUACGGCCACCUGGUUGUUGGCUGAGCAGGGUCUGCUACGUGCACAAGAAUGCGGUGCUCAUCGUGAAGUGCACUAUCUGUGGAACGCUGAUCCUCUUCAGGACUAUCUACGGCGUCAGGCUUUCUUCCAGCUGUACGAACUCAAUCACAGAGUGAGCAAUGCAUUGAACAGGUCGCCUCUUUUACACCAGGAUGACUUCGAUCUUGAGCCCGCUCAUGUCGAGCGCGGUGAUCUGCUAGGCAUAUUUGUGAAUCCAUAUUCGACCAUCAGUCCCGCAAUUCACGAUGCCUGUGUCGCAUUUGAUGGAGUAAGAGUAUUGCUGUUGCAACUCGGUCAUCUCCGGUCCAUGCUACCCCUUCUACUCCAAAUGCAAGCUAGUACGAAAGCUUCCAAGGGAGCUGGAUCGAUCAAAUCCUUGAAAGGACUGGUCGACCAGCUGGAUGUCAAUGCUUGCAAAUUGUUCGACAAAGUGCCUGCGAUUUUCAAACGGCCCGAUAUCGAAAGCUCUGCGGAAAUGUUGAUGUUUUCGGUGACUGCCAUGACUUGCUAUCAAAGAUUCCAGCUUUUGAUACACCAAACAUUAUUUCAUUACCAAGACGAUCAACCAGACCGCAAGACGCUCAACAUCAACCCGCACAUCAAUAGAUGUGUCGAGUUUGCGAUUUCGACAAUCCAAGCAAUCAACAAACUGCGACUUCGGAAGCUGUUAAUGGCGGGGUUUUAUUGGUUACCGACUGACCUUAUUUCGACGGUCGUUGUAUUAGCUUGUUCCAUCAGGAAACAGAGAAAGUUGAUUAGUCCUCAUGAAAAUCAAGUGAGACGUGACAACAUUCUUUUGGCAAUUGCGGUUUUGGACGAUCUGGCUUCUGAAAUUCACACAGCAGCAGCAUAUAGCAAAAUGUCAAACAUAAUGUAUAACUUACUAGACACCGAGAAUCCCUCAGUUAUAGACUCCCUCAAAUCACCAGCUGAAGAGCACCAGGAUGGGAAUCAACGCUCCAGUCUAUCCUCCCCCGUGGAUUCUCCCACGGUAUCAACCUUGGCCCCGAUCAGCAGCUAUUCUUAUAGCACGAACCACAUGACCACUGGCGAGAAUGAUUUGCGGGACUACGAUAGGAAGAAUUCGUGGGAUCCACUGGAAAUCUCCGCUGUCACGUACGACGCUGCGGCUUUAGAUCAUCCUUUCUACAAUCCCCAUCUUCCACCCCCUAACUGCGUUCCUACCUUCCUCGCCUGA